AUGGGAUCACCUGGGGAUGAUCUUUAUGCAACACUGGAUUGUAAAUAUCAAUGUGAACAAAUCACUUGUGAAAACAAUCGAUUCUAUUAUAGAUAUGAUAGACAACUAUAUUAUAAUCCAGGAUGGCAAUUUGAUCCUAUGCCGUUGCCUACUUAUUUGAGGUUAUUACAAUGGGAUUGUUAUUCCAAUUGUGAUUAUCAAUGUCAAAGAACCAUCACCAGGGAACGGAAAUUACAUCAAGAAGAAUUAUAUCAAUUCCAUGGUAAAUGGCCAUUUCUUCGAUUAUAUGGGAUUCAAGAAGUUGCAUCAGUCAUAUUCUCCUUAGGAAAUCUAUAUGUUCAUAUCAUUGGAUUAAAAAAGAUCUUGAAAAGUUAUUCCAACCCAAAUAAUCAUCCUCGUUUAAAACAACAAUAUACGAAUCUAUUCAUCCUGAAUUUCUCAUCCUUAUCAGCUUGGAUUAUGUCCACCAUAUUUCAUAUUCGUGAUACUGAUGUAACUGAAAAAUUAGAUUAUUAUUGUGCUGGAUUAUACGUUAUGGUUGGAUUUUAUACUUUAGGUUCAAGAUAUGGUGAAGCUUAUCUUGAUCGUAAUAAGAAAUAUCGUUAUGUAUUUCAAUUCAUUUGUAUUAUAUGUUACGUUGGCCAUAUUGCCAGAUUAGUUAUUGAUUGGUCUUAUACUUAUAAUAUGAGAGCUAAUAUCUUAAUUGGAGUUUUACAAAAUUUAUGUUUGAUAGGGACUUGUUAUUACAUUUAUUCAAAAUAUUAUUAUAUUGAACAAGAUCAUCAAAAGAAUGAAAAAAUCCCUUAUAUUCAAAAUCAUUUACCUUAUAUAAAUUUCAAAGCUAUCAUACUACCUAGUUUCUUUUCAUCAUCACCAAAAUUAUAUUCUCUUUAUCCAUUAAUCUUAGGAUUUAUAGUGGUCUUAGGAAUGUCAUUUGAAAUCCUUGAUUUCCCUCCCAUUUUCUUUGAUUUAAUUGAUGCUCAUUCCAUUUGGCAUUUGAUUACUAUCUUCCCUGCUUAUUUCGGAUGGUAUGAUUGGAUGUUAUGGGAUAUCAAUGAAAAUGUAUGGGACCAUAUUCAACAAGUUGAAUUACAAAAGAAGCAAUGA